AUAACUGGAUGGAAACCUGAGUGAGUCUGACAACCAGUCAGAGACCACUAUGAUGACACACCAAAUGUGUUUGACGGAUCCUUUUUGUCUUCUUCUAAUGCCUCUUAAGGGGAAAGUAAUCCAAUAGUAACUGAAAGUAAUCCGAUUAUGUUUGGCUAAUCCAAAAGUUACGUUAUUUUGGACAGGUAACUAGUAACUUUAACAGAUUACAUUUAGAAGUAACCUACCCAACCCUGCCUACGUUAUACUGUUUAUAGGCCUAUACAUGUUACGUAGCCUAUAUAGCUGUAAAUGGUGCUGUAUAUUACUGCCAUGCAAACACUUCAGUAGCCUACAAAAAGCAUGAAUGAAUGGAUGUGUAUGGCUGGGUGCUGAACAUCCUUUCAACAGAGUUGUAUAGACUACACCAAACAUUUGCAUUUGACAUUAAGGUCAUCCUUCUCCAGACGGUGGUCUCACACAGACAGAAAGGCUUGUUGUGUAACUAAUAGAGAGCUUUAGAGUAGCGGUGUGUUAAUACGUAUUAGGGGACAGCGGGUUGUGUUGUUAUGUUCAUUAAUACAUUCUUGUGCGGAUUGGGGCAAGAGAGUGAGAGAGCUUUACAUAAUUGCAUGCAUGCUUUUUCACGUGAAAUGCCCCUUUAAAAGUGGGAUCAGUUAGGUUAGAGGCACAUUGUAAAGCAAGCUGACAGUGAGAGUAAGUAGAUCUGUGAUUUCUGCACUUUACUGGUGUGAAAAAUCGGAUUGAAGAUGGUGUCUUCCUACCCUUUACCGGAUGGUUUCUCAGACUUCGAUGUAUUCUCUUUGGGAUCUUGUCUGCUAGUGGAGGGUCUUCUGGGAUUCUUCCUGAAUGCUGUGACAGUCGCUGCUUUCCUCAAAAUAAGAGAACUGAGAACCCCCAGCAAUUUCCUAGUCUUGAGUUUGGCAUUAGCCGAUAUGGGCAUCUCUGCGAACGCAACCAUUGCCGCUUUCUCCAGUUUUCUGAGGUACUGGCCCUAUGGCUCAGAUGGCUGCCAGACUCAUGGCUUCCAGGGUUUCGUGACAGCUCUCGCCAGCAUCCACUUCAUUGCUGCCAUUGCAUGGGACAGAUACCACCAGUACUGCACAAGGACAAAGCUACAGUGGAGCAGUGCCAUCACUCUGGCUAUUUUCAUCUGGCUGUUCACCGCCUUCUGGUCCGCCAUGCCCCUCAUCGGCUGGGGAGAGUAUGACUACGAACCCCUCAGGACAUGCUGUACCCUUGACUACAGCAAAGGAGACAGCAACUAUGCAUCCUACCUGAUCCCCAUGGCCAUUUUCAACAUGGCCAUCCAGACCUUUGUUGUCAUGUCCUCCUACCAGUCCAUCGGCCAGAAAUUCAAGAAGACUGGAAACCCCAGGUUUAACACUGCCACUCCCCUGAAGACAUUUUUGUUCUGCUGGGGACCCUAUGGAGUCCUGGCCUUCUACGCUGCUGUUGAGAAUGCCAACUUGGUCUCUCCCAAAAUUAGGAUGUUGGCUCCUAUUCUGGCAAAGACCUCUCCCACCUUCAACGCUUUCGUGUACGCCCUGGGCAAUGAGAACUACAGUGGAGGCAUCUGGCAGUUCCUCACUGGGGAAAAGAUUGAAGUGCCUCAAAUUGAGAACAAGUUCAAAUAAACUAAGCAUGUGAUAAUCACACACAAACUGUCCUCUUGGUUUUCCAAAAGGUACGAAUGUUGUUGUAGAUUCAUUAAAGUCACUGGACCUGGACUUCAUUGUGUGUGUGUGUGUGGUUGUGUGUGUGUGUGUGUGUGUGUGUGUGUGUGUGUGUCUGUGUGUGUGAGACAUUUUAGUCUGGGGUUAACGUGGAGUCUUGUGUUUGUUCUGGCAUUGGGAUAUAUUUAUGUUCACUCUCUAGUUUAGGAUGGGCAGUAGACACACGCCAUGCCAGACUGGUGAAAAACUAUAUUAUUAGAUAUUAAAACUUCUUAUGGCUGCAAGGGGCAGUAUUGAGUAGCCAGUUAAAUCGUGCCCAUUUCAAACGGCCAGGUACUCAAUUCUUGCUCGUACAAUAUGCAUAUUAUUAUUACUAUUGGAUAGAAAACACUCUCUAGUUUCUAAAACCGUUUGAAUUAUUUCUCUGAGUGAAACAGAAAUCCUUCUGCAGCACAUUUCCUGACCAGGAAGUGGAAUGUCAGAAAUCGAUGCUCUGUUCAACUUCAUGCCUAUACAUGGGCAAUGAACGUAAGAGUCUACGUACACUUCAUACACCUUCCCCUGGUUGUCAAGAGGCGGUGAGAGAAGAAAUAUCGUGUCUAUCUUGGUCUGAGGUGGAAUUAAAGCUCUUUGUAUGAUGUGACCGUCCAUUUCCUGUUUCUGGAGCGCGCGAAAGAGGACAUGGAUCUGCCUUCUGUUUAGCUGUCGUUAUGGACGACUAACAUCUCCGGUUUAGAUUUUAUUUGAUACAUGUGACCAUAUCAUCGUAAAGUAUGUUUUUUCAAUAUAGUUUAAUCAGAUUAUUGAAACUUUUUCGGGAGUUUUGCCGUGUUCCGUUCUCUGACUUUGUUGACGUUGGAGAGAUCCGUGCCACUUGGCAAGUGCCCAUGCCAAAUCAAGAGGGAAAUUUGCCGUUCCAGAUCCAAACAACGACUGUUCUGGAUAAAGGACACCUUGUCCAACAUUCUGACGGAAGAUCACCAAAAGUAAGAAACAUUUUAUGAUGCUAUUUCUAAUAUCUGUCGUGCAUGUGAACUGGUCGUCGGCGCCCAAGUGUUUCUGGCUAUUGUGGCUACGCUAAUAUAACGCUAUAUUGUGUUUUCGCUGUAAAACAUUUGAUAAAUCGGAAAUAUUGUCUGGAAUCACAAGAUGCCUGUCUUUCAAUUGCUGUACACUAUGUAUUUUUCAGAAAUGUUUUAUGAUGAGUAUUUAGUUAUUUGGCGUUGGUGUCUGUAAUUAUUCUGUCUGCUUUCGGUGCAAUUUCUGACUGUAGCUGCAAUGUAAACUAUGAUUUAUACCUGAAAUAUGCACAUUUUUCGAAAAAAACAUAUGCUAUACAAUAAAUAUGUUAUCAGACUGUCA